CCCGUCCCGUCCCGCCCCGGCGGCUGAGGUAAGCGGGGAAACUCGUGGGCGUCUAUCCGACGGCGGCUCUCCCCUAAUCGGCUCCGCCAUCGGUCUCCGCGUAUAAAAGGAGCCGCGGCGGGGCGAGGCGGGCAGAGCGCGGCGCUGCCGCCCGCCCGCCCGGCCCCAUGCAGCCCGCCAUGAUGAUGUUCUCCAGUAAGUACUGGGCGCGGAGGGGCUUCUCGCUGGACUCGGCCCUGCCGGAGGAGCGCCCGGCGGCCAUCGGCAGCCUCACCCUAAACAGAUCAAGUUCUGGGAAAAAUGAGGAAAAGAAAGGCAAUAAGGGAAAUGGAAAAGGUGAAUCUGUUUCUGAAGGUGGAAAGACAGCCGUGGUGUUUUCCUUGAAGAAUGAAGUUGGUGGGUUGGUGAAAGCUCUUCGACUCUUCCAGGAGAAACAUGUGAGUAUGGUUCAUAUUGAAUCCCGAAAAUCGAAGAGAAGGAACUCAGAGGUGGAAAUUUUUGUGGACUGCGACUGCAGUAAGAAAGAAUUCAAUGAACUAAUCCAGUUGCUCAAGUUUCAAACUAAUAUCCUGUCUCUCAAUCCACCAGAAAACAUCUGGACUGAUGAAGAAGAUCUUGACUGUGUCCCUUGGUUCCCCAGGAAGAUAUCUGAAUUAGACAAAUGCUCACAGAGAGUUUUGAUGUAUGGAUCUGAGCUGGAUGCAGAUCACCCCGGAUUUAAAGACAAUGUCUAUCGACAAAGAAGAAAGUACUUUGUGGAUGUUGCCAUGAGCUACAGAUAUGGUCAACCCAUUCCCAGAGUGGAGUACACAGCUGAAGAAAUUAAAACAUGGGGGGUGGUAUUUAGGGAACUCAGUAAACUCUAUCCCACCCAUGCUUGUCGUGAAUAUUUAAAAAACUUUCCUCUGCUGACCAAGUACUGUGGAUACAGAGAGGAUAAUGUGCCUCAGCUGGAAGAUGUUUCUAUUUUUCUUAAAGAAAGGUCUGGCUUCACAGUGAGACCAGUUGCUGGAUACCUGUCUCCCCGGGAUUUUCUAGCUGGCUUAGCAUAUAGAGUUUUUCACUGUACUCAGUACAUACGACACGGCUCAGAUCCUCUCUACACACCGGAACCGGAUACAUGCCAUGAACUCCUGGGACACGUGCCUCUACUUGCUGAUCCCAAGUUUGCACAGUUUUCACAAGAGAUAGGACUUGCUUCACUGGGAGCAUCUGAUGAAGAUGUGCAGAAAUUAGCCACUUGCUAUUUUUUUACGAUUGAAUUUGGCCUUUGCAAGCAAGAAGGACAACUACGUGCUUAUGGGGCAGGACUUUUAUCUUCUAUUGGUGAAUUAAAGCAUGCUCUCUCUGACAAGGCCAAUGUAAAAACAUUUGAUCCAAAGACAACCUGCUUGCAGGAAUGCCUUAUCACUACUUUCCAGGAAGCUUACUUUGUUUCAGAAAGUUUUGAAGAAGCCAAAGAAAAGAUGAGGGACUUCGCCAAAUCAAUCAAUCGUCCUUUCUCUGUGUAUUUCAAUCCAUAUACGCAAAGCAUUGAGAUUCUGAAGGAUACCAGGAGUAUAGAAAAUGUUGUCCAAGACCUCCGCAGCGAUCUAAACACUGUAUGUGAUGCUUUAAGCAAAAUGAACAGAUAUUUAGGGAUUUGAUAUGUGCGGCUCUGUGAUUUCCUGUCAGUUGCUUUGUCUGUAGCCAGUCUAAAUCACGUGAUACGGCUAACUUCUCAAACCCAUCGAUUUUCCCUUUAUAGCUUGGCCUGUGGCUUGCAUCGUGUAGCUCUGUCUAAUUGUAAUGUGCAGACAAACCAAGGCAAUGCUAAUUCGUAAACGCAACAUGGAAUGUGGCAGAAUUUAAUCAUCAAUUCCUCAACACAAUGUCAUGUACAAGUACACCAUUAAAAACUUGCCUGGUGAUGGUUUUGUUUCUAUAUGAUGAUACAUUUCCAUGUAUAAGAAACAGUGUUGCUCAUUUCAUCAAGUCUGAGUUUAUUUUUUAUAAUCCCUUUCCUCCCAUAAGAAUCCAGAAAAUUUUAUUUGCAACAUUUUCAUUUUCUUUGUAAGAAAAUCUGUAUUUCUUUCUGUAGUGGCAAAGACAAUGUUUUGCCCAUAUAUCUGUAACAGAACUGAGUGUCUCUUGUGACUGAACAAUACAAUUUAUAUGCCCGUGCUGAGAUCAGGAAGGCUAUGUAUCAGUACUAAAAGGUCUGUGGAGAUUACAGAUUAUGAGAGCUCACAACUGACAAAUGUUCAGUGUGGCUGAGUAAUUGCAGCAUAAUAAAAAACCCAAACCUCUGACAUUUUUGUAGAAAGACAGUUCUAGUUCAUGCAUGUGUUACCUGUGAGAGUCCUGAGCAUAAUUCCUCUGCGAAGGCUACCUGGGAAUAAGAGAAGAAGUGCUUGUGUUAAUUCCGAGUUGUUAGAUGUGAAUAUAAAGCCCUUUUACAUCAUUGUGUGCCUUCCGCAUUCCCUUGUCUUUUGAACAUACCCCUCUUGCAUUUCAUGCAUAAUUUGCCUUUCCUCAUUAUGCCACAUUCAACCUUGACGUGGCCAUGCAUGGCUGGGUCCAUCACUGUCAGCACAUAUAGAGGGGUGAAUAUGGAAGUUGUUAUUUAAUUAGAGUCAAGACGAUUAUCAGUUAGUAGAUUACUUGUGGGGUGAUUAAAUUAUAGAGACACCCAAGCUGCCUCGCUUGUACCAGAUGGAUGCAGGUAAUGCCUGAGUUCAUAAACUCUAAGUUAGCAAGCUCUGACAGAAGUACAAGCUCUGUCUGGGGAGCACAGUGCAGAAAUAUUUGAGCCGGCUCUUAUCUGGAAGCAAUAAUUAUGCAUGUCUUUCCUUUAUCUGUGUUAUUCUAUUCUUCCAUUAGCCAAGAUAAUGGAGAGUUGACUAUAUUGUACGGACCCUUCUUAAUGGAAACCACAGGGCUUAUGCAGAUCAUGUCAGUAUGGGUGAAAGUGUCAUAGCUUGCCUACCUAUAUGGAAAAUAGGUAUCUAUUGAAGCUGCUCUGCCAGCUGAAAGUCAUGCAGAUACUCUUAAGUGUUGCUAGCAAUUUCAGCAUAAAAAGAGCACCACUUGAUAGUACCAGCUUAUCCUUAAAUAAGAGGCAAUCUGUAAGGAUAAUUUUCACAGGGAAACCUGCCACCUCCUCAAAGAUAACUAUGAGAACAGAAAACACUCUUUCCUCUGGAUGGUCCCUGCUGCAUUCUAAUGCUGCUGUUAAUAGGGUGUGGAAAAAUCUAGUUUCAGAUUUAACUGUGACUGCUGUUGGUACAAAUAAAGAGCUGUUGAAUUAUCCCAUGGGGAUCAGCAUGCCGGAGGAGUUUUUAACUUCCCAACAUUAGUGCUGACUCCAUUAUCUAGCACUUAUCACAAAGGAAUCGCUGGCAACCUUGGCAUAGAAGUUUCUCCCUUUUUCUUCCAAUGGAAUCUGAUGAACUGCUCGUAACCCUUUCUGGAGAAAAUAGACUCUACUGAGAUUUGCUUUAACUGGUCUGAAAAAAAUGUCUGUGCAAGGAAUAGUAGAUCUUACUCAGUUCAAGAACUGACAAAGUAUUGUUUCUUGCUUAAGUAAAAUAAAGCCACAAUGUGUAACAAAGAUCCAAAGCUUAUGAAGUUACUGAGGCUUUCUCUUGAAUUAGAAUUACACAGGAAAACUUCAAAUAAUUAUAAUAUCUGGAUUUAUUCUUGACUUUUCUGAAUAGCUUAAAAUAAGAAUUCCACAGCAGUAAAACAAUAGAAGCAUAUCUUUGUUUUGUUUUGUGCUGUUAGCAAGUAAAUCUUAUUAUGGAUUAGGGAGAAACCCUUGAAAUCCAAUAGUCAUUUUAGGACUAAUGAUGGCAAGGAAACUGUCUACAAUGAAGAUAUAAUGUCAAUGAAACAGAACAUUGUCAAAGGAUAAUGGGCUCCUGCUGCUAGAUAUAUGCUUAAUCCAAUGAUUUUAUUUCUAUUAUACAACAUGAUUAAAAAUAAAUUAAAUAUAAUGGGCUAAGGAAUAAUAGUGAUUUAGAGAGACAAUUGCUCAUUGUUCUUACAUAGCAAAGCUGCCUUCUUACAGGCUGCAGAGCAAACCGGCUUUGGGCUUCAGCCAGUCAGGAGCCAAGACUGGGAAGGAAUACUUUAAAAAGUGCACUAUUGCACUUUUAUGAAUCAAAUAGUUCCAGCUUAGCUGAAAUUCUUCUCUGCGGUUUUUAUUAGCAAAUUAAGAUCAGCCAUGCAGCAAUCUCCUUAGAUGACAAGCUCAUUUAGGCAUAAUGAGGGAAUUAUUGACAGUUAUCAAAUUACACUAACGUUUCAUUGAAAAUAGGCCAUAUUUAUCUAAGGUGCUUGUUUAGCUUUAGCGAGCUGGACUCUGUAAAUUGGACUUCUGGCUUAGGCUCAUUUAUUUCCUGUGUAAUUCUGAACUGAUGCUUUAUGGGUCUGAGAUAUAUGUACUUGCUUUGCCUGCACAGAGUAAAUGGGCCCGAGCUUAAUGAAUGUAAAGCAUUGCACUGUUUACUACCAUGCAAAGUCUAAAAUGAAAAACAACAGCAAACAUUGCAGCAAAUACAAAUGCCAACUUUCAUUUGCAAACCAAGACGUGGUUCAUGCAUUUCAUUUCAUUUGUUCAAUAGAGGGGAUGGAGUGCCAAAGGUGUUAACACAAUACAUUGCUUUUUCCCUCUCUACUCUUUGAGACCUGUUUAGAAGGCUGUUUGAGUUCAGCUCUUCAGUACAAUUUCACGAUAUAAGGUGUCUUUUCCUUUCUUCUUGUUAUGAUAUCCUAAUGUGAUGGAGAGAAUUCCAGAAGUUUACUGUACUAUAAUGUAUAUUUACUGAUACGCUGUAAUGGAUUCCAGAAGAAAGUUUCACAUCUUUGAAAGGACAGACUGGCUCAGAGAGCUAAAGCUGCUGAAGGCUUUCACCUACAGGCUGCUGGUACAAAUCCAGCCCAGUCAGCAGUUACUGAAAGCUAUCACCAGCCAGCAGCAGCCUGGCUUCUGUGUGAUGAACUGGGAAGCUGGGAUUGCUUAGUUUGGAGUAGAGGAGACUGAGGGGAGACGUGAUAACCUUUUUCAAACACACAGAAAUAGCUGCAAAAUGGAAGGGACAAAUUGUUCGCCACCCUCAAGAGCUAAUGGACUUAAAUUGCAGGAAAGGAGCAUUAAGUUAUGUAACAGUGAAGCAGGGGGGACGGAUUGCCUAGGGAGACAGCGGAGCCUCCGUCAUUUUUUAAGAGAACAAGUUAGGCUGCUGUCUCUCAGGAGUGAUAUCGGCACAGUUGGUCCUGACUUGAGGCUAGGGGAGAGGCUAUACAAUGUAUUGAAGUUUCUUAGAGAGACUGCCUGGAAGAGGCCUCAGCCUGCUCAUGAAAGGGCUGCAGCCAGCUCACAAAAACAGUAAUGGUCAACAGCCACCACUGCGAAGCACUUGUCCACCUCUUCCCCCUCCUUCAGUCUUUGACCAGUUCUAAAGAGUGGUUCUUCAUCUUUCCGUCUUCCCUUAGGGUAUGAACAGGAUCUGUAGUCAGAAUGUAGCCCUAAAUGCUGACUACAGCGCUCUAUUUUAAGUUCAUGGGCCAUUUGAGAGAGCUGUGUGUGUGAGUUACCUGCUGGUUACAGCUACCCAACAGCAGAAGACUGAUAAUGAGCAACCAGCCUUUGUCGUUUUUGUAAACAAGGUUUAAAUCUGCUCAACUUUAUAAACAAAAUAAAAACGUAUGUUUCAUCCUAUCUGUGCCUGCAUUUGGGCUGUCAGGAAGGCUGUGCUCCCUUGAACAAUGUGGAGAACCUGGAGCUCUUCCAGGCUCCUGGGUCCGUGUGCUCCAGCUCCACAUCGACCUCAUGUCUUGGUGAAAUCUGGGCACAGAGCAGCCUGUUCUCCAUAGCUCCCCUGGUUUCCAAGGGAAGGAAACCAAAUGCUGUAGUCCAGAAAGAGCUUUGGUUCAGGCCCCUGAUGUUCAGGCCCAGGGAACUUGGGGACCACGCCUGCUGAUCAGCCCGGUGUCACAUUAAGGGCCACGUAAGGAUCAUUGCAGUGUUCUUCCAUUCAGGAAAUAGGCUUUCCACUGCAGCCUGGAAACUUCUUGUUUCAGUAGGACAGUCCAUGCCUUUUUAGAAAUAUGGCAGCUUCCCUUCUAUCUCAGUAGAAACCAAAUAUCCAAAUAAUUUGCGAAGGGAGUAAUUCCGAAGGUAUUGCUAUAUAAAUUGCGAAGGUAUUGUUAUAUAAUGGCUGUACUCUGUGGUAUCAGCCAGUCCAACUCUGGAGAUGUUUUGCAGACAAAUUCUUGCCUUCUCAGUAAAGAGGAGGACAACAGUGACAGAUUCCUCUUCUGGGCUUUGAAGUACAUCUGAGACACAGAGCUAAGAGAGAGAUUCUGGUUAUACUAGCAAAUAUUUAUUAGUAAUGAGUCCCUCUAGUUGACGUAGUGAAGGCUGUAGAGAUGUCCUUGGCAUCCUGAUUGGCAAUUUCCUAUGACUUAAGCGAGCUCAGAGGCUAAAUAAUGUCCUCCUCAGCUGAAAUACUCCAUGAAACCUCUGUUGAUUAGUUUUGUAUCUGGUCCUAGAGAAAAUGUAAGUAAACAUCAAAUAAUCAGAAUUCAGUGAUGUCUAUUCAAAACAUUUUGCAACAACUACAUUUAGUUUAGAAAGGCCCUCCAACACCUUACAGUAAGAAUUCAUAUUUCUUUGCCAACAGCUGAGAUAUUAAGACUAAAAAUAAGUGCUGGCAUCUGCUUGGGAUUUGGCCAGGAGUGGAUUAUUCAGGUGGAAUAAGAGUGAAACGGGUUGCAUAGUUGCAUACUUUAAAAUGCAAGUGGGUGAUGGAUAUUCAGGUGGACAUUUUUUUAAGGUAGUCAGAAAUUUCAAAUGUCCAGGAAGAGUAAUAGACAAGAAGCUGCUGUUGCCGCACUCCACCUUUGGAGGAAAAAAAAGUUGAGUUUGCAAAGCAGCAGGAGAUAGAUUUCAGUCUGUAUUAAACUGGCACGUGACCUGAAACACAACCCAAAUACGCCUACACCACUGGCUUUGGUGUGAGCUCCAGUGUGAAUACAGUUCUGAUAAUGGAGCAGCAAUAAAGCACUCCAGAGCCAAACAGCCCUGCUUCCCCACAGGAGACAAAGUAGGUGAUAUAAGACCAGCAUGGCACAAAUAAAAUCACUUUUAUUUCCUAUUAAAUCAGUUUUGUUUUCGA